AAAUGUGCACAUAAACACGGUAUUGUUGACAUGGCGGACUUGUCGUGGCAAAAGCAGUCCCAGGUAUAGACGAAUCUUUAGAUCAACAUAGUAUAGACACACAUGAAACAAACUCUGUUUCGUUAACAGAAUAAUAAUAAUGGUAGGCCAUAAUAAUAAUAGGUUGACCUAAUAUUAUAUAAUAGCAGUUAUUCUAGACUGUCGCUAACCUUGCCUUAAUUAUUUUUUGCGAUAAGUUCAUAUUAUUAAUUAUUUAAUUUUAAUCUGUAGUGUAGGCUGUACUAGGCCUAGGGUACUUGGUUUUGAGUGACUUGAGUCAGUUCCGUUUUAUUCUUUUGCAAGGCAUUUUUUGGGGUUUUAAUUUAGUCUAUUUUAUUUUUAAGACAGUUAGUGUUACAGUCUUAGUCUUAAACUUAAACAUUUUAAUCAUUCAGGCCUACAGUUUACACAGUCACUCACAGUGUAACACAGCAAGUCAAUCAUUAUCUUUAUCAAUGAGUAAAAGUAAAACUUAAAAUCCGAACACAAAUAUCACACAAAGACUAUGGAUACUGUUUUUGAUGGAGGAAUGAUAAUACACAUAUAACAUGAUAGGACUAUGUAGUAUGACUAUGACUAUAAUAAUAAUAUAACUCUAGGAAAAUGUACGACUUGACAUUCAUUCCAGCGGACAGCAAAUAUUAAAUAUUAUUAUCAAUUUUAAAAUAACAUCAUUUUGAAAUAUUAUACUUAUUAACUAUGCUAUGUAUGAAAUAUCAAUUUAAAAUGCCAUCAAUCAAAACAUUCUAUCACUAUCAGCUAAUUAACAUAUUUAAAAUUUUUAAAAAGUUAACUCUACUUCUAGUUAUAGUAGCUAUCCGUGACUUAACAAAAUAGAGUUCACUCAUCCACAAAAACUCAGGGCACCCUUCAUAAGUUCACUGUCACUGGCAUUAAUCCCAAAAUUUGGGUAAACUUCUAAAAAUUUAAAAAAUAGUAAAUGACAAUUGUAAAAAUAAUAUUUGUUGAACUGUAGUAGAAAAUAAUUUGUGGCUGCAGUUGCAUACCUUUUUUACUAACUGCUACCCAAGGCUUAACUCUUAAACAUCCGCUCCCAACACACUCGCAUACAGCCACAUUAUUUAUAUAAUGUUAAAUAUAAUCCUAACAAAUUUGACCCAGGGCAGUUGCUCCUUUUGCACGCUCCCCUCCCCCAAAGGCUUGCCACUGCAUAGUUGGACUCAUAUUAAAUAUCCUUUCACAGUGUACUGUAAUUAAAUACAAGUAAUCAUUAUGCAAACACAAUAUAUAUGUAAGUAGUGCAAGUUAGCACAAGUAAAUCUUUUUGUCUGAAAAAGGGACUGUCUUAUUUUCAUAGGGGGUUUAGAUGCCUUAACUGAUUAACUACCAGACUGAAAAACAGGCAGUUGCCGAAUUAAAUGUAGUUAGGUUGCAUUUUCCCAUUUGCAGGCGUAUGUGCAAAUUCAGCUGCAAGUUUCGUAAUUAUAAACAUAUUCUUAUGGGUAUUAUGCAGUUUUGUAGAUAAAUUAAUUUGCUAUAAGAUAGAUGUAAAAUGAUUCAUCAAUAUAAUUUUUAUUGGGAAAUUAUUAUUUGUAAUUAAAACAAUAAACAAAUAAAAAGUACAUAAAUGUGCCAACUUACCUGUCAAUUUUGAAUUUCCAAAAGCCUUCAUUUGUUGUUUUCAAUAUAGUGUAUCCAAUAAUAAGAAAAGUUCAUCAAAGAACACAGAAAUUUAAUAAUAUUUACACUUCCAAUUACAUAUAUGUCUUUAAUAACCCUGUCGCUUGUUGCCAUGGUAAACAAGUUUUACAGUUUUGUAACUAGCUUGGACAGUAAAUCAAAAUGAAUUAACUGCUUGCUUUCUUAAACUUUCUGCUGAUAGCAUGAGUUUCGAAAAUAAACAUCAUGUCUGUAAAUUAAUAUCUCGAACCAAAACAGGAAUGGAAUUCUUUUAAGAUUUGACUUGAUUUACUAUGACUCAAACAUUGGCGCUGCCAGCGGCUCGUGGCCAUAACUUAAGAAGUGCUUUGGCGCUUCCAGCGGCUCGUGGUAGUAAACAAAUUAACUUCAUGUCCAUAAAAGUCACAAGUGGAGAUUUUUUCAAAUCAUAAUACUGUGGGGGUCACAGUAGGGGGCAUCAACCCACAAGCUAUAAUAGCACCACGCAUAUAUAAAGGGUAGUGUGACUACGUAUUUAUGAAUGUAAUUACCUAUAUUAAUUAAAAAUAUUAAAAGCCAAACAUUAGAUUGCAAUGAAAUUUAACAUGAUCAUACUGCCUGACCUAAAGAUGGUCCCUGGAAAGUUUUGUCAAAAUCCAUUUACCACAAAAGCUGUAAUUUUUUAAAAUUGAGGCUACUGGCAUUAUGGCAAAUUUCAAUAGAUAAAUUGGAGUACACUCUGCUUAAUAAAGACGACCAAUCAUGUUAUUUCUUUUUCAUUUCACCGUCUGAUAUUCUAUGCUAUUCACUUUAUAAAGGGCAGUGUGACAAUGUAUUAUUUAUUGUUAAUUGAAAAAAAACAAAAAACUUAAAACUAUUAUACUUUAAAAAAAAAAAAUCAAUUUUAUUUCCAUAGUAACACCUGGUAAUAUCUGCUUGUAUGUAUAUACACACACAUACACAUAUACCGGUAUAUAUAUAUACACACACAUACACUCACACACACAUAUAUAUAUAUAUAUAUAUUUGUUUUUGUUAUCAGAGAAAUACUGGGGCUGCUGGAUCAGCUGUGCUGGAUAUGGAUCUGGAAGACAUGGAAAUAAUGGAAGAUGGCCAAAGUGAUGUUUCAGACUAUGAAAACAGUUUCUCAGGUAAUUCUUCAGAUUAAGCUCAUGCUAUAGAAGUAUCUGAUAUGAAAAACAAACACAUUUCAUGAUAUUGCAAAAGAGUCUUUGAAAAUUUAGAAAUAUGACAUCACAGAAUAAAGUACAGCCAUAGACUAAAGUUGUUUUUUUUUAUAUGUUUUUAUAAAAAAAAGUUGCAUUGCAAAUGACGAUAUGAAUAAAGUGGCAUAAUCUGAUUUCAAAGCGCACAUUCUUUUUUUAUAAAAUUAUCCUCCCUUGAGCCUUUAAUUUAUCAUAAAAAUUAUUUAAAUUAAUAUUUAUUCAAUGACUGUAUUUUUCCUAAAAUUUCUUUAUAUGCAUUCAUAUCUUUUAUCUGUUUACUGUAAAUAAAAAUAAAUAUUUUAUUAUUCUCCAUAAAUAAAUGUUAAAACAAUAAAUUGAAUUUUAUUUCUUCCCUCUUUUAUUUUAUUUACUGAGCUCAUGAAAGUUAUAAAAUGACCUAACCAAAUAAAGAAAUCACUUUAUUGCUGUGGUUCUUUAACUUUCGAGAACUUAAUGCUAUUUUGCUAAUUUUUAUAAUUGUAGCAAUAAGAAUUUUUGACCUCGACUUUUCUGUGUGUAAUCCAAUAAAUAAUUAACUUUUAUUAUAUUUAUAUAGGAAUAGGAGUCUCUUCAGAAAUUAGUUGUUUUCAUUUAUGUAAACCAUUGAAGUUUCAUAUCUGAUGUUCUCAAGGCAAAACCCAUUGAAAUGUUCAAAUCAUAAUUAAUCUCAUUGUGUGUGAAAUUUCCUAUUUCUGCAGAUAGCCGACCACAGAGAGGUACAAUUUCAGGCUCUGGAAAGAAAACAUUGGCAGACGACAUCAGGCAAAGAGUCAGUGAGAAUAUGACACAGAUGGUAAGUUCCAAGUUACAGUGGCACUAUUAUUUGGUUACAAUCUAUCACAGUAUUUUAAUUGAAUGCCUUGGGUGAGUAGCAUGAACUUAACUCGUGAUGUCAAGUUACUCAAUGUUCAUGGCCUUGGAUGAGUAGCAUGAACUUAACUCGUGAUGUCAAGUUACUCAAUGUUCAUAUCACAGUAUUUUAAUUGAAUGCCUUGGAUGAGUAGCAUGAACUUAACUCGUAAUGUCAAGUUACUCAAUGUUCAUGGCCUUGGAUGAGUAGCAUGAACUUAACUCGUAAUGUCAAGUUACUCAAUGUUCAUAUCACAGUAUUUUAAUUGAAUGCCUUGGAUGAGUAGCAUGAACUUAACUCGUAAUGUCAAGUUACUCAAUGUUCAUGGCCUUGGAUGAGUAGCAUGAACUUAACUCGUAAUGUCAAGUUACUCAAUGUUCAUGGCCUUGGGUGAGUAGCAUGAACUUAACUCGUAAUGUCAAGUUACUCAAUGUUCAUGGCCUUGGGUGAGUAGCAUGAACUUAACUCGUAAUGUCAAGUUACUCAAUGUUCAUGGCCUUGGGUGAGUAGCAUGAACUUAACUCGUAAUGUCAAGUUACUCAAUGUUCAUGGCCUUGGGUGAGUAGCAUGAACUUAACUCGUAAUGUCAAGUUACUCAAUGUUCAUGGCCUUGGGUGAGUAGCAUGAACUUAACUCGUAAUGUCAAGUUACUCAAUGUUCAUGGCCUUGGGUGAGUAGCAUGAACUUAACUCGUAAUGUCAAGUUACUCAAUGUUCAUGGCCUUGGGUGAGUAGCAUGAACUUAACUCGUAAUGUCAAGUUACUCAAUGUUCAUGGCCUUGGGUGAGUAGCAUGAACUUAACUCGUAAUGUCAAGUUACUCAAUGUUCAUGGCCUUGGGUGAGUAGCAUGAACUUAACUCGUAAUGUCAAGUUACUCAAUGUUCAUGGCCUUGGGUGAGUAGCAUGAACUUAACUCGUAAUGUCAAGUUACUCAAUGUUCAUGGCCUUGGGUGAGUAGCAUGAACUUAACUCGUAAUGUCAAGUUACUCAAUGUUCAUGGCCUUGGGUGAGUAGCAUGAACUUAACUCGUAAUGUCAAGUUACUCAAUGUUCAUGGCCUUGGGUGAGUAGCAUGAACUUAACUCGUAAUGUCAAGUUACUCAAUGUUCAUGGCCUUGGAUGAGUAGCAUGAACUUAACUCGUAAUGUCAAGUUACUCAAUGUUCAUGGCCUUGGAUGAGUAGCAUGAACUUAACUCGUAAUGUCAAGUUACUCAAUGUUCAUGUUUAGUCAAAUAGUUUGCCGGCUCAGUGUUACUCAAUGUUCAUGUUUAGUCAAAUAGUUUGCCGGCUCAGUGUUACUCAAUGUUCAUGUUUAGUCAAAUAGUUUGCCGGCUCAGUGUUACUCAAUGUUCAUGUUUAGUCAAAUAGUUUGCCGGCUCAGUGUUACUCAAUGUUCAUGUUUAGUCAAAUAGUUUGCCGGCUCAGUUUACAUUUGGCAGGAUAACAGAAACAUAAAGCAUCAACAAUAAAUGAAUGUUCCUCCUCACAGGUGUGGCAAGCAGGCACCCAGGGUGCCAAGAGAGCCUGGUCACUCUACGGAAACAUUGACGUGCUGCGUCCUUACUUUGACGUAGAGCCCAGGGUGGUUCAGAUGAGGUACGAUUUAACUUGCGUGUGGCCGGGAGUCUUUGCAUGCUCCAGUCAAAUUUAAAAGAUUCUUUCCCAGCAGGGUGUUAAUGGGAACCUUCAGUAUGUCAGCCUAAAUGAGAAUCACUGUCCCCUGUUUCAGGCUUCUCUUCUCCUUGAUACCAGUCAAACCAUCCGACCAGAGGCAGCAAGUACCUAAAGAACUGUACGGUCCUACAAUGGUGGUCCUCACAUUGAUUGCAAUCUUGCUGUACCAGAUGAAAACAGCAGAGCACAAAGUAGUAUGUAUCAUGUGGUUUAAUUUUACUUGCUUAUUGACAAAAUAUCGUGCAAAAAAUAAAUUGGGUAACGAGCAGAACCCAAAUCAACUCAGGUAUGUUGGUGUUUUAAAAAAAAAUCAGUAAAGAGGAUUUUCUAAAUCAAACAACAUCUUAUAUGCAAAUCACUAAAAAUGCUGUUAAACAAAUUAUUUCGUGUGUAUUUUAAAAAAAAUUUAAGUUAGAAAAAGAGUUGGUUUCAGUCGAAGAUUCUCUGACUUUUUUAUUCAACACUUUUUUAAAUACAAAUCUUGGGCAAUCCUUCAAGAAAAAAAAUAAAUAAAUAAAAAAUAAGUUUAAAAAAAAAAAAAAAAAGAGUUGUCAUCAGUCACAAUUUAUUUUUCCUAUUAUUAUACAGGAAGAAGGAACGUUGAUAUGUAUUUUAAAAAAAAUUCAAGUUAGAAAAAGAGUUGGUUUCAGUCGAAGAUUCUCUGACUUUUUUAUUCAACACUUUUUUAAAUACAAAUCUUGGGCAAUCCUUCAAAAAAAAAAAUAAAUAAAUAAAAAAUAAGUUUAAAAAAAAAAAAAAAAGAGUUGUCAUCAGUCACAAUUUAUUUUUCCUAUUAUUAUACAGGAAGAAGGAACGUUGAUGGGUUCAGCCAUUGGAGUUUGUUUCAUGUACUGGUUAGGAGCCUCCUGUCUGGUCUGGUUUGUGUCUUACGUCUGUAAUGUUCGCAUCACACUUUUGCAGAUACUUUCUAUGAUGGUAAGAAAUGGCUUCAUUAGCUUAUCGCAAAUUAAGAAAUUGGAAUUCAAAAUUCAUCGUUGCAGCAAUAGAAACUAUUUAAAUUUGAAAAAAAAAAAUGUUUGAUCGUUUAAUUUUGGGGGAAAAAGCCGUCAUAACUGAACUCUUUUUUUUUGUGUGAAUGAGCUUACUCUAUGACUUAACAGAUUUCAUUCCCGUUCAUUAAUGAAAAAAACAACAACCUUGUAGCAGAUGUAAUCAUGCUUUUAUUCAUCAAUAAAAUAUGUCCAAAAAAAAAUAAGGUUAAAUUUUUACACUAUCUUUGAUAAAAAUAGCUACUGGAAUUAAUUUAGCCUGAAGAAUUUGGUAGUGUUUUAUUAACAAAAUUUUCUAAACGAUAGCUUGUGUUUUUUAAAAAUUGUGUGACGUAUUAAAAGUGUCUAUUUAUUUGCAUAUUGAAUUUUAAAUAAAAUUUAUUCAGCGAAAUUUUUAAGAUAUUAAUGGUACCUAAAAGAUCAUAAUAAACACUGUAUAAACUUCUGUGUUUGUAGGUUCUCAUCGACUUUUGUUUCCCCAGGGCUAUUCACUUUUUGGUCACUGUAUUGUUCUGUUCUUGGGGACGGUCAUCCACACAGGGCACGACCACAUGUUUUUUUACUUCCUGUGGGCUGUGGUCGGCGGCCUGUCUACGCUAAAAAUGGUAGGCUUAUAGUUCGAUUAUCGAUGUUUAAAAAAAAAAUUCGGAAUGAAAUGGGAAUAAUUUAAGUCAAAGUCAAUCAUCGCACCAUUAACAAAUAAAAGCUCAACAGCUUCAACCACGUUGAAAUAAAUAAAUAGGAAAGAAAAUGUAUCAAACAUUUUGAUUAAUUUUUAAUUAAUUAUUUCUUAUUUUGAUUUCAAUGUAAAGUGUUGUCUGAAGAGUGAUACUUAAAACUGAUUGUGUGAAGAGUGAUACUUGAAGCUAUUGUGUGAAGAGUGAUACUUAAAACUGAUUGUGUGAAGAGUGAUACUUAAAACUGAUUGUGUGAAUAGUGAUACUUAAAACUGAUUGUGUGAAUAGUGAUACUUAAAACUGAUUGUGUGAAGAGUGAUACUUAAAACUGAUUGUGUGAAGAGUGAUACUUGAAACGCUGUGAAGGGUGAGUCUUGAAACUGAAUGUGUGAAGAGUGAUACUUAGAACUUUAUGUGUGAAGGGUGAUACUUAAAAUUGAUUGUGUGAAGUGUUUUACUUAAAACUGAAAAAAAGGACGCCACAAAACAACGAACAUGUUGGCAAGAACCUUCUUUAAGGAACAAAACAGCAGUAAAAACAAUAUAAAAUACAAACAGCUGCAAUGUAGUAUCUGAGAGGACAGCAAGAGGAUACAAUGAAAAUGAAAGUAACAAGGGGAUUGAUGCAAUAAACUAACAAUAGUUUGAAAACAACAAAUAGAAUCAAGUUCUCAUCUGUUAUUUAUAAGCGGCCGAACUAAAUGUUUCCAUCCCAUCCCUUUGGCAUUGCAGCCCAUGUAGGGCUUUGGCCUGCUUCACUACUUCCAUCCCAUCCCUUUGGCGCUACAGCCCAUGUAGGGCUUUGGCCUGCUUCACUACUUCCAUCCCAUCUCUUUGGCACUACAGCCCAUGUAGGGCUUUGGCCUGCCUCACUACUUCCUUCCAUUCAGACCUAACUAAGGCUUAUCUUUUUCAUGCUUGGAUUCCCAGCUGCUGUAGAUCUUUUCCCACAUCAUCCAUCCAUUUUAGCGUAGGUCUGCCUUUGAGUUGGGACGUUUUCCUCUGGGGUUUUGGUGGUCCACCCUCUUAACUCCUCUGUCAUUUUGCAUUCUUUCUGUGUGUUCUGCCCAGCAUAGCCUGCCCCUUUUUUACUUCUGCUACUAGCAUGGGAUCCUGAUAUAGACUGUACAAUUCCUGGUUGAUUUGUAUUCUCCAUCCAUAUUCAUCCUUUGUUGAUCCAUAUAUUUUCCAGAGAACUUUUCUCUCCCCUGUUUCAAAGGUUUUCUGACAUUUUUGUUAGGGUCCAAGUUUCGCUUGUGUAUGUUACAACUGGUCUGAUUACAGUUUUAUAAAUAGUUUUCUUGAACUUAAUGUAUUCUUGAAUGCAAUGUCCACACAGGCGGGUAUAAUCAUGUCAAGAACAAGAGGGCACACUGAGCGUCUGAUUGUCAUUGGAACCAUUGCUGCCCUACACCUUCUGUUUCUACUGUACUUACAUUUUGCUUACCACACCAUUGUAGAAGGUAUGUUGAAAAGGGUCCAUUGAAAUAGAAAUCAAGCCAUGUUAUUGUGAACUGUAACCCUGAAAUCAAAAUCCUCUCCUUGGAUUGAUGUUUCUUGAUGUAAUUUGAUUGGCACACAAGUUUUAACUUUUCAAUGCUUGGUGUAUUUAACUAUCCUUCGGAUAUUGCUUUCUUUUAGUGGACUGGAUUAUCCUUCUAGUUUUUAAGACUUUGGUCAUUUUUUCUGUCCAUUAUUUGUAGUUAAAAAAAACCCAGAAAUAUUCAUGACAUUCCAGUCUGUGAAAGAGACAGAAAUAUCUUAUGACAUUCCAGUCUGUGAAAGAGACAUAAAUAUCUUAUGACAUUCCAGUCUGUGAAAGAGACAGAAAUAUCUUAUGACAUUCCAGUCUGUGAAAGAGACAGAAAUAUCUUAUGACAUUCCAGUCUGUGAAAGAGACAGAAAUAUCUUAUGACAUUCCAGUCUGUGAAAGAGACAGAAAUAUCUUAUGACAUUCCAGUCUGUGAAAGAGACAGAAAUAUCUUAUGACAUUCCAGUCUGUGAAAGAGACAGAAAUAUCUUAUGACAUUCCAGUCUGUGAAAGAGACAGAAAUAUCUUAUGACAUUCCAGUCUGUGAAAGAGACAGAAAUAUCUUAUGACAUUCCAGUCUGUGAAAGAGACAGAAAUAUCUUAUGACAUUCCAGUCAGUGAAAGAGACAUAAAUAUCUUAUGACAUUCCAGUCAGUGAAAGAGACAUAAAUAUCUUAUGACAUUCCAGUCAGUGAAAGAGACAUAAAUAUCUUAUGACAUUCCAGUCUGUGAAAGAGACAUAAAUAUCUUAUGACAUUCCAGUCUGUGAAAGAGACAUAAAUAUCUUAUGACAUUCCAGUCUGUGAAAGAGACAUAAAUAUCUUAUGACAUUCCAGUCUGUGAAAGAGACAUAAAUAUCUUAUGACAUUCCAGUCUGUGAAAGAGACAUAAAUAUCUUAUGACAUUCCAGUCUGUGAAAGAGACAGAAAUAUCUUAUGACAUUCCAGUCUGUGAAAGAGACAGAAAUAUCUUAUGACAUUCCAGUCUGUGAAAGAGACAGAAAUAUCUUAUGACAUUCCAGUCUGUGAAAGAGACAUAAAUAUCUUAUGACAUUCCAGUCUGUGAAAGAGACAUAAAUAUCUUAUGACAUUCCAGUCUGUGAAAGAGACAUAAAUAUCUUAUGACAUUCCAGUCUGUGAAAGAGACAUAAAUAUCUUAUGACAUUCCAGUCUGUGAAAGAGACAUAAAUAUCUUAUGACAUUCCAGUCUGUGAAAGAGACAUAAAUAUCUUAUGACAUUCCAGUCUGUGAAAGAGACAUAAAUAUCUUAUGACAUUCCAGUCAGUGAAAGAGACAUAAAUAUCUUAUGACAUUCCAGUCAGUGAAAGAGACAUAAAUAUCUUAUGACAUUCCAGUCAGUGAAAGAGACAAAAUAUCUUAUGACAUUCCAGUCAGUGAAAGAGGGUCUCCUCUAUUAAAUCUCCAGUUUAUGUUGCCUUGCAUUGAGCUAAAGGGCAUCAAUUUUUGAAUCCCUUCAUAAAUGGUUGAGCAUCCCCUUUUUCAAGAAACCAGCUGAUCUAUCUAUACAUACGAUGGCAUCUAUACACAUGAUGACAUGUAUACACCUGAUGGCAUCUAUACACAUGAUGGCAUCUAUACACAUGAUGAUGGCAGCUAUACACACAAUAGCAUCUAUACAUACUAUGGCAUCUAUACACAUAAUGGCCUCUUUACACAUGAUAGCAUUGUGUUUAUAUUUAUAGCAAAUUAUAAUGAUGUUUCCCUUCUCUGUCCCUAGAAAUCUCAGAUGCCUUCAAUCAGAACUUGGUCCAAGUUCCUGUGGCUGUCCAAGAAGAGCCGCAGGUACCGGUGGUUACAGGGAAUAUUGACCAGGAUCAUGAAGGUCAGGGUCAUUAAAGUGUGACGUCUGUGUAAUUUUAACAUGGACUUUUGAUAACAAUUCUCAUAUUUGGAAUUUCUUAUAAUUUUGUGCUCAUAAAUGCAGACCUGUUUACUCCUAAAAUCGUACAACAUCAUCACAAAAUCGUUCAAUAUGUUGUAUUUAUAGUAAAAAAAAACCAGACAGUAUAUACAAUCUAUACACCUCAAAAUUGUACAUUGUACGCCAAAAUCGUAAAAGUAAACAGGUCUGUAAAUGGCGUUAAAAAAAUUAUCAGGUUGUCCAAACAGGCAAAGUUACCAAUGACUCUCAAGCUCACACAGAAGCUAAAAAUGUGUCCAGAGUUGACCCUACUAUAAAGGGAAGACCUGUGCUAAUAGAUAAGUAGCCGCACCAAUGCAUCAAGUUGGGCAAGUGUACAAGGACCUGCAUUGAACAGAAAAGUACCCAGGUGUAAUUUGGGUUGACUCAAUGAAUGAAGACUUUAUGAGGGCUCAUGCCCCCCCCCCCCAUCUCUCCACACACCCAGCACAUUAGCACUUAGAGCACUUUUUUGUACCUACUAAAACAGCCUGCUGCGGGUCCUGCACAUUUUUGUCACGCAUAAAUCGUGGUGUAAAUGCAUGAAUAUGUUGGAACUUUUAAACGGGAUGAAAUAUCUUUUUCAUUAACUGCUGCUCCUAUAAGAUUGAUCUAUCAUAAAUCCUAAGAUCAGUGGUUCUCAACGUUUUUAAUUCAACCAACCUGCAUUUGGAGGUUUUAAACUUAUUGUUUAAAAGCUAUUUUUUUGGGAAGCCACAGCACUAUUGUGUCAUUUAAAAGAAAUGUCAUUAUCAAAUUAAAAAAAAACAAAAACAUCAGAUGAAAAAAAAUCAGAUUAAAAACAAAAUUUCAAUGUUUGAACCUGAUGUCUGACAUUUUAGAACAGAUGCAACAUUAAGUCAAGAGAGAUGUUUGGUUCAUUUUGAUAAAUUUAAUUGAUUAGAAGGGAGCGUGUAAAAGAGGAUGUGCACUCAUUUACCACUUGGCCUCUGGCCCCUGUGACAUUUUAGCCACACCCCCUAAAGGGAGGCAAUAUGUUGCCAGCAGAAUAGAGUUCCAGCACAUUUACAUACUUAUUAGUUAUUUUUGGGUCAGAAUGGGUUAAGAUUUUUGCACAACAAAAGUUAUUUGAAAUAGAAGGUUAGUUUUGUCUUGUCUGGGGCCGAAGUAAACAAAAAUUCUCUUUGUAAAAAUAUAUAUUAUUAUAUUUAUUGGAUCUCAUUUAGAAGAUAAUCAUUGGGAAACUUAAAAGUUCUAUCCUACGUCGUGGCAUUGUGGGUUACACACCUAUGUAGUGAUAGUCUGGUUUGUAACUACAUCCUUCCAGUUAGGAGUAAAAGUCUUUAUAACCAUAGCACCCCCCAAUAUUUCUGCCAGGUCUCUCUCAUAUUUCGAGAUCAUUCCUUAUAUCCAACAUUUCUGCCAGAUCUCUCUCCUCUUUCUAGAUCAUACCCUACAUUUGUUUUGUCUUUUUAAAACUUAUAAGUGUACCUUAUUUAAUUCAUUUGAGACAGUCAUUCAUUUUGAGACCUUUGUUCUAUUGCCUUGUUGAUGAACCUGAAAUGAUCGUUCCUAGUUACUGUGAUGUUAUGAUGAAUGCGGCUUGCUAGGUGUUUAUUGUUCUCUCACUCUUCCUCUCAUAUAUCUUUUGACUUGGUAACUCCACCACUGUAGCCAUUAACCCCUUGAUUUCCAGCCCUGAAAGAAAUUGCGGAUGUGACGCAGGCCGCUCUGCCACAAGAUGGAGUAGUCCCGCCAGUGCUGAAAGACAUGACGGCAGGUGUGAAAUUAAUACUCAACAAUUCAUCUAUACAGGCCGAGCUUGAGGAAUUAAAAGCUCCAGCUUCACUGGCCAGGACGGGGUCUCUGAUCCUCGACAAGCUAAAACAAAGAGAAUCCAUUGUCGCAUGAAGGCAAUUAAAUCUAUUUGCUAUUAACUUCUUUGUGUUCCUUUUAUUCAGUUUUCCAAAUGCAAGUGUAGUUUUUUAACAGAAAAAUAAUCAAAAAAUUUUGAACUUGUUGAUUUUCUCUAGCCAGAAGUAUUGAACUUAGAUUUGUAGUGAAAUAUAUAUUCUUAUAGGCUGUGCUAUAGCUUUGGUAAAGGCUUAUUUUGUCUGUAUAAACAAAUUGACCUAUAGUGGUGGCAGCUAGUGCUGGAUUCAGUCACAAACCCUCCCAGAUGUUCUUAAGGAAAAUAAAUUGAAAUAUUUGGUUCUGGGAUCUGGUAGAAACACUUGAACAAUUUUUUUAAUCGGGCCAACCCCAUGCAUAUUUAAACAUUUAAAGACAUAUUGACGUAGACACCUUGCAUCUGGCAACUGUUGAAUGUUGAAAUAUAUCCUGAGACCUGAAUAAUGAGAGCUUUACUCAACCCUGUGCUGCAUUUCAGUAUUUUUCUUGACUUGUGUCCUGACCCCUUGCGUCCUGCAUUUAUUUUUUAGUUUAUUUCUUCACAUCUUAUGUCCCUUGGUUGUACAAAGAAACAGAGUAAUGAAGCACACACAUACGCAAAAACACCUUUUCAAUUGAAUUUCUUCUUAAACAUAAUUAAUAUCCCUGCACUGGAUGUGGCAAUGUACUGUAAUGCUUUCUUAUAAAUUCUGGUGUGGGUAUUUAUUAUUUUUAAUGAGUUGGGGGAUAAACUCAGGUUUGAUUCUACACUUUGUGAGACCACACCAAUUCCAACCCAUGUUUUAGUCAGCCCCUGCUAACCAUGACUCAAAUUAACACACCCCUCCACCCCCAGACUAGGUGCCACUCAAUUUUAAUGUGUUUUUUUUUUUUUUUAAAUUUUUUUCCUUUUUUUAUUUGAAUCAGUCAUACCAAUUUUUUUUUUUAUAGAAUACUUUGUUUUCAUUUAAUGACUCAAAUUAACACACCCCUCCACCCCCAGACUAGGUGCCACUCAAUUUUAAUGUGUUUUUUUUUUUUUUUAAAUUUUUUUCCUUAUUUUAUUUGAAUCAGUCAUACCAAUUUUGUUUUUUAUAGAAUACUUUGUUUUCAUUUCAGGUUAUUCAUAAGCUCUAGCAUUUCUGCCCCUUGUUUCCUGUAAUUUUAUUCCAUAAAUUUAAAUGACCUGAGUGUAAAUUAUUGACAAUGUACUUUUGUUUAAUUGUUAGUUAUUAUUGUUGUUAUUUCAGAUUUAUUUUACACUUACUUAUCAGUUAAUGGUGUCUGAAAUGAAAAGAAGGAACUCCCAUUACAUUAUUACCUCCCUUUACUCUAGUUGAUAUUACGUUCCUUUCGCUAUGAGUAUGAACAUUAACACACCUCCCUGUUCUUUUGUCUUUUUAAAAUUAUUAUUUAUAGCUCGGUCACCACCGUGUUUUCAACACCUGUUUUCCUAAUGCUUAUUUUAAACCACCUUCCUUUCUUCAAGCCACUUUCAACAUCUUUUGUUCUUUCUUUACAUAAGUCAUGUGUGGUGAUAAUGUGCUCGUUGCCUUGAAUGUUGCUUACAGUUAAAUUUUUUUUUUAGAGUCUUUAUACUUUUAUAAAAGCUAAUUGUGCUUAUUAAGUCAAUAAGUAUAAGACAUAUAGUGAAUUAUAAUCAAUAUAAAUAAUAUACUGUUAUUGUAUCUGCUCAUUAAGUUAUGUGAUGUCAAUAAUUUUUUUUAUCAUUAACUAAUUUUUUAACAAAAAAGCUGAUUAACUACUGUUACAUUUCUGUGUUUCCACUUAAUUUAUUACUCAUGAGUACAAAGUAACAUUACACAUUAGAAAUCAUAUACAUAUCGGCUGCUUGUUCCUCAUCUGAAACACUGUUCAACGGGGACAGCAGUUAAUAAUCAGUGCGAAACAGCUAUUUGUCGGUACCGAUAUUUGAAUUCAUUUUUUGACCACUGAAAUAAUUACCUAACUUUCGCCAUGAAUACCCAACAUUCCCUGCCCGAAGCCGAUGAGGUAAUUCAGGGUGGGCUGCUUGUUAUCAGAUAUUUCACAGAAUGUCUUGACUUCAAAAUGUCUGUCUUCUGCACUUGCACGCUAUUCACCUAUUAUAAGAAAACAUUUUUUUUUCAAUUGGUGGUUGGAAAAAGUUUAUUGCUACUGUCAAGUAGGAUUCAUCCUAAGCUUUUUAUUUAAAAAAAACAAACAAAACAUGCCAGUUAAUAAUAAAUCAUUUAGAACUGUAGCUUAACAGCAUGGUCUUUAGAUGAAGCAGGCAAAUGAUACAUUUAAAAUCUUUAAAACUUUUAUUUAGUUGCUGUGAUUAAAUCUUUAGAAAUUUAUUUCAUAGUUUACUUUGUAUAAGGUUGUUGCCAAAGACAUUUUUGUAAUUUACAGUAGGCUUCCAAUCUAAAGUAGCACAGUCAUUGAAUGUUCAAGUUAUAUUCAAAGAUUGAGGAAGUAAAAAUUACUUUCAUAAUGAUACAAUGAUUGGCAAAAUAAUUUUAAUUAAAAAAAAUAUUUAAAAAAAAAUAAUAAUUAUUUUUUAUCACCGCCAGGUUGAAAAGCUCAGAAGGAAAGGAAUUUCUACCAUUAGCAAUGAAGCCUGAAGCUACAUACUGAGAGUAUUCAUUGGAAGAAUCAGCCACUUUGUAAAAACAUCAUUUAAACUUUGUCUUAAAGAGUUCACUUUGUCAAUUUUUAUAGCAUAAAUAUUCACCUUUAAAUUUCGGUAUGAGGCUAUUUCUGUUAUUGAUACGGGCAAAUUGUGAUCCCAAAUGAUAAAAUGAUAGCUUUAAUUUUUAGUUUUUCACAAUAUUAUUUAUUCAAAGAAACAUUGUCCACUUUGAGCCUCAGGCAUAUUUAUUUAGUAGGUUUUUAAAAAUUUUUUUUUUUUUUUAAAAUAUGCAGCCGCUGAAGUGAUUAUGUUUAUAGUUGUGUUCUCAUUGGUUCAUUUGUUUGUGCCUCAUAAGAGAAGUAACAGUUUUUUUGGUUUUUUUUAACGGCUGUUUUUUGUACAUUGUAUUUUUUUUUUUAUCUCACAAAUUUUGUAUAAUACUAUGAUAAAAUUUAUUUGGGUCUGUACAUAUGGUUGGUUAUUUCACAUUUCACUAUGUACAUUUUUAAUAACGUUGAGAUAAUAAAAUUACCCGAAGAAAAACAAGUAAACA